AUGGAAAAUCUGUUCACAUUUGGGAUACUCCCUGGCUACCAGGAGUUCCCAAUAGCAUACCUAAGAAACUCAACCAUUCAUCUCUUGAUCUGGAUAAAGUACAAGACCUUCUGGACACCACACGGAGAAGCUGGAACAUUGACCUCCUUAACAGCAGUUUCCACCCCAGGGAUGUUGGAGACUGGUAGGCUUUGGCGCAGUGGUAGUCCUCUUUUGUCGUGCUUGUCUCGUCGUAGUCAAGCCCAGGAUUGUCCUGGAACAUCUCGGGCUCUUUGCAUUGCCUUAGCCGAGAUUUUCUCAAGCAGUUCUGCCUUCUUUUCAUUCCUUUUGGGCACAUAUUCUGUGUGUUCCCCUAUUCUUCCCUCGGGGUUGAUUGUAUGGCUUAUUGCCGAACUUAAUAUUGGAAUAUGA